AUGAAAGGAGACCCUGAGUUUGUUAUUCUCAAGUAUUCAACCUGGCUAGACGCCGUCAAAUUUGAGGACAAAAUCCUUGGAUCUAUUGUCAGGCAUUACCUGCGGCCAACAAAUGCCUAUGUGCCCGAGAGUCCUCUCCAGUACAAUGGUGACGAACUGGUAGAAGGCUCUUUUACCGACUUUGUGGUUGAAAGUUGCAGUUCUGAACUCCGGGAUACGAAUGCAUCGCUCCAGUCUGUCGCCGGGUUCACCCUCAGGGGGAGCGCAACGGACACCGUGCAUCUACAGGGGAAAUUUAUCAGAUACAAACGCUUGCAGCAGCACGACAGAUUUUGGCUCCAGCUCAGCCAGGAUGAGGCCGUGAGAGCGAGCGUGCCUGCCUGGAUGUCAACAUUCAAUUCUAGAGCAAAGCCGGUGUGUCUGGUUGUCGGCAUUAUGAUUUGCGAAGAUGUGGAUGUUUCCUUUGCAGGGAAGCAGAGUAUCGAACGUGAAGGAAAUGUCGAAUUACCUCUGGGCAUGAUAACCCUGGCGGCCGGUGUGCCCAAUCCACUGGGUAAUACUGGUAAUCCGCAGGCGCACCUAUCGGAUAGUAGCAAUAAGGCUACUAUUUUUAAGGCGAAAAGUGGGAAUAGCAAAAUUUUCGCGCUUGAAUUGAGGAAGGUUACUACAGCCUUUUUGAGGCGAAGGGAGUUGAGACUGAAAGACGAUGGGCCAGAUGUUGACAAUGGCCGACUUCUUGGCAAUUCUGAUGAUGAAGAAGAAGAAGAAGAAGAAGAAGAAGAAGAUGAGUUGGUUCUUGAAGACAUCAGCAUUGAAGAUUUUGCUGAGAUGGAUGUGUGA